GUGAGCAUCUUCUCUAUGUGUAUGAGUGUGAUAAGACGCACAAAAGGGAGGCUGCUUGCCUAUUUGACCUCUCACUCAUACACACGACCCCCCCGCGUAGUGGUUUGCAUGUGAAGAAAGUUCAUAAGGACGUUUGGGAAAUUUUUUCAGCCCCAUUACAGUGAUCAUUCGGUCGUGGCGGAGUGAACACUUGUUGGGAGCAACGCAGUACGUAGCUGGCAGUACCGCUGGCUGGAUCUCACAGUGUGGCUAUAAUUUCCAAUAUCUGUGUCCAAAAGUGAUCCAAAGUGUUCCAACAACAACGGAAAUUCUUCUCUGGACAUGAAAAGUGACCGAGAAGUCGCAAAAGAAAUAGUUUAACAAAGUGCUGAGGAAAUAAAAAAAUCAAUAGAAGAAGGAGUUUGAUCAUUUUCUUGCGAUGGCGCGUUUUUUGGCCAUCUCCAUCGUCACGGUGGCCCUCCUUGUGGCUUAUGUGGCCCCAGCUGCGAUUAAAGGUAAAUGCAACCUGGAGUGCUCAGCAGCCAAUAAUCGCGUAAAGCUGCAAACGGGUCAGGUGUACCAGUACAAGGUUGAAUCAUCAGCUGGUGUCCUCCUGGCUGGAGUUGAUGCAAUUGAGCGGCGUGUUCGUUUUGAAGCUGAAGCCUCUGUCUUUGCCAUUGAUAAAUGCAAUUUUGCCGUAACCGUGUCGAAGAUCACCCUCCACGGGGCGGAUGAUAAGAAAUUCUCUCCUGCUGAAUUGCUAACGAAUCUCGCGAAGCCCGUCAAGUUUGCUCUGGGCAGCGAGAACAUUUGCACGCAGGAAGAUGAUGCCACGUUCUCCGUUAACAUUAAGCGUGCCAUUGCUUCGGCUUUUGUGAAUGGCGGGGAUGAUGGCAGCGUAACUGAUCACGAUAUCUUUGGAACGUGCCAUUCGGUGGUGAGUGUGAGUCAACAGGGUGGUGUGACGAUCAUCAAUCGUGCGAGGAAUCUCAAUCUCUGCAGCGGAAGGGAAACUCUCGGGCAUACCCUGUCAGGGAGUGUCUUUAAUGAGGCUUCUGGGAUCAAGUCAACGCCUACGCUGAAUGGUGACUACAGCAGUGAGGUCAGGCUAAAGGGUGGUGUUGUUGAUUCUGCAACAGUUGAUGAGGAAUACCGAUUUGUUGCCUUCUCAACUGCCUCAGCGGGAGCAAGGGCAAAGGUUCAGACAAAGCUUCGUCUCAGUGGAAAUUCAAAAGGAGCCCCAAAGAAUGUUGAAGCUGCAACGGUUCAGCGUGGAAUUGCCUUUGAGACUCCACGUGAAGGUGGUGCAGCAACAUCUCAACGGUUGAGGGAUGUUAUUCGUGAGGCUGUGGAUAGUUUUGCCGAUGGCGUUGGGGCCAAUGCAACAUCCCAGUUUGUCGAUAUUGUCCGUUUGUUGCGCGACACCGGGAAGAAUGACAUCAAAACCACCUUCCAGACAAUUGUUUCCAAAUCCCUCCAUGAGCGUAGUGACUUGGCACGGAAGAUUUACUUGGAUGCUCUCUUCAGGACAGCUACGGGUGAUGCUGUUGAGGCAAUUAUUGAUCUCCUGAGUGGACGUGCUUUCACACCACAGGAACAACGUCUGGCUAUGCUGAGUAUGAAUCUCGUAACAUCCCUGGAUCGCGAUUCAAUUAAUUCCUUCCAAAAACUCACCCCAAACACCCCAAAUGUCCUUCCGGAAGCCCUCCUGGCAACGGGAACACUCGUGCGGAAGUACUGUGAUCAGUACUCGUGUACAGAUGAGCAGCUCGAUAAGGUUUUGGAUCGUUUCACGGGGCAUUUGCAUCAGUGUCAGCCACGGAAGAAGAAGGAGGAGGAUGUCAUUGUGACAGCCCUUAAGGGAAUUCGCAACACUCACGGCUACAUUGGGCGCAAGCUGGUGGACAAUGUGAUUGCGUGCACGCAGAAGAAUACCAAGUCGAGGAUUCGUGUUGCUGCCAUUGAAGCACUCGAGGGUGUUUCAUGUGAGAAGCGCGUCUACGACAAUCUUGUGCAACUCCUGGAUGAUGUUGCUCAAGACCCAGAGCUGAGACUUCAGGCCUACCUUGCCCUGACUAAAUGCCCAACGCCUCAGUUGGCUGAUCAUCUGCAGAAACUCCUCGAUGGGGAGGAAAUUCAACAAGUUGGAGCCUUCAUCACGAGUCACCUUGCUUCAUUGAGAGCUACAACAGACCCAGCACGACAGACAGCAAGGGAAGUUCUGGGACGUGUGAGAACAGCCAAGAGAUUCCCCUUUGAUCUCCGUCGCUAUUCGCAUUCACGUGAACUCUCCUACGCUGUGGAUUCCCUCGGAUUGGGUGCUUCCGUUGACAGCAACAUCAUCUACUCCCAUUCAAGCUUCCUCCCACGUUCAGCUACGGUUAAUGUUACAGGAGAACUCUUUGGGAAUGCCUUCAAUGUGCUCGAUCUCAGUGUACGUCAAGGGAAUCUCGAUAGUGUCAUUGAGCGCUAUCUCGGUCCAAAGGGAAUCUUAUCCUCCAAAUCUCCCCAACAACUUUACGAUUUCCUCAAGAAAACCGUUGAAGAUGCUCACAAGAGAACCGAAGGGCUCCUCAGGGGGCGCCGCGAUGUCUCCAAAGCUGAUCUGAAUGCCUUUGCAAAGAACGUCAUCCUGCCCAAUGAUGUAACAUCGUCUGAUUUGGAUUUGGACGUCAGUGUUAAAUUCCUGGGCAAUGAAUUGGUCUUCCUGUCGCUUGGAGAUGAUCUACCAACCACCCCGGAUGACGUUGCAGCACAACUCAGUAAGAUUGUGAAGGAAUUCCUCGAUGGAGCAACGAAAUUCCAGAGAAACUUCGAAGCUCACGCAUUAUUUGUCGAUGGGGAGCUAAGCUAUCCAACAGCUGGUGGUCUUCCACUUCGCUUGACGGCUCAUGCAACGGGUGUUGUGGGUUUGGAGACAAGUGGUGCCAUUGAUAUUCGUCGCCUGUGGCGGAACCCAUCGCAAUCACCUGUUCAGCUGAAGGUUGUCCCCUCGGCUAAUUUGGAACUUGUUGGAGCACUCCUUGUUGAUGCUUACGCUGUUACAUCGGGCAUCCAAGUGUCUGGAUCUGUGCACACCUCAACUGGAGCUGAUGUGAAGGUUUCCUUCCAGGAGAAACCCUGCAAGGUUGACGUGAAGAUCUCCAUGCCGCGCAAGAAGCAGGAAAUCUUCAGCAUCAACCACGACAUUGUUUUGUACACUCGUGAACGUGGCCAACAGAGUGUUUCAGUGCCGUUGCGCUUCUCAUCCAAACGUACCGCCUUCAAUGGAUGCUUCGAUCAACUUCAUCGCUACACCGGCGUCACCUUCUGCACGGACUACAAUGUUACCAUUCCUGGGAAUACGGGUGUUGCUCCAUUCCCCCUCAAUGGUGCCAAUCGCAUUGCAGUUUGGCUGGAAGUUGACUCAUCCUAUCACUUUGCCUUCAGUCACAGUCACAAAGACGAAAGCCUUCAGUACAUUAGAUUCACCUUUGAUACACCUGAUUCAUCUGAUCCACGCACAACAACUCUUGCCUUUGAAUCGGCAACAUCUCCCAACAUUUUCGUUAGAGCUGAACUUGAUUCACCCUAUCGAAAGGUAAUGGGAGAAGCUGGACUUGCUAAUAAUGAAAAGGAAGUUGCUCUGUAUGCCAAAGCAAAGGAUCAAGGGAAUGAAUACAUUGCAAAGAUUGGCUUUACAAAGGAUGAAGCAAAGCGCGAAUACAGCCCAAUACUCGUGGUUAAGACACCAGCAAGCAGGGACAAUACAGCCCUCGGGUAUAGCGUUGAAGGGAAGAUUAAGGUGAAUGAUGGUGGUGGUCAGAUGCGCUACGAUCUGCAGGAUAUCAGACUCAAGGGAGGCUACUUCACAUCCAACCCACUCACUGUGUCUGGAACUGUUACCCAACGUGGUACAGCCUUCGAUACAGACCUCAAGAUUGACCAUCGUGGUGAUACGGGAACAGUCAAGGGCUCGUUGCAAUUUGAAGCGAAUCGCCUGAAUUUGGAUCUCAAAGUUAAAUGCGGCUGGCAUGCAAAUGUCCAAUACAAAGUUUCCUAUCAGACAAAUGAGAUUCUCAAUCAUUUGGAACUUGACUAUGGAUACGGAUCAGGUGGGAGUCAUCACAUUAAGGCGCUGCAGCAGUGGCGGCAUAAGUACUCAAAGUACCGCCUAGAGGAGCUUCUUUUCAACAAUGAGCUGGAGCUGAGUCAUCUUCCAUUGAAAGCCCGUCUCAAUGGGAACUUUGUUGAUGGAUCAGUGAUCAAGUAUGACGUUGGGCUGGAGUACGGUGGCAAGGAGGCUUCAUCGAAGUUGGAUGUGAAGCUCAAUGAGAAGACAAAGGGCGACUAUGCCGUUGAAGCUGAUGCAUCGAUCAAUAAGAAGAAGUUGAGUGUUAUUGCUAAGCGCAUUGUGCAGGAGAAUGCCUCAAAGUACUCCAAUCGUUUGUUCACCAGCACAGGGUUGAGCCUUGAAGCGAAUGGUGUCAUUGGGCAUAGGAUCAGUGCACAGGAAGCGGACAUUGUGGCUGAUGCAAAGGCACAAUUUGGUGAGAAACAACAGCCGUAUGUUGCAAAGUUUGAGCUGAAACUCAAACCACAGGGUGGCAAUACGCACGGCUCCUUGUCUGCGGGUAAAAAUGAUCUCGUCACCUUCAAGGGGACACUCAAUCGCAAGGGAAACACCCAAGAUGGUAACAUGCAGGUCACGGUUAAGGAAAUUCUCGAAGGCUCAGGUGAUUUCACCGCAACUGGUGGCAAUGGCACUGCAACGGUCAAUCUGAACGUUCUCAAGCUCUCAAAGGGAAUAAAGGUUGUCACAAAUUUUGCCAUUGAAGCUCCAAUCUACAAUGUUGCAACGGAAGUCUUCUACGACACAGCCAAUGGUGGCGGACGACGUACCCUUCGCGUUGAUACGCGCAAUCUCGUUGAGAGUCAAUCCUUCCGCAGCAAUAAUGAAGUUGAAGUCUUCACCGAACGGUAUGUGUGCAACGUUGAGGGUGCUCUUGAUGGGAAAGCCGGAGAUGGUGUGUUGACGGGACAAUUUGAUGUAACCCUCCCAACGGGUAGGAAGCUAAGUGGUUCAAUAAAGCGUGAAGUACGUCCACAGGGAGAUGGAAUUCGGGGAAGCAAUGAAGUUGCAGUUAGUGAUAAACUCCCGAAUAAUCAAGUCCGUUCAUUGUCCCUCUCAUCGCAACUCCUCAAUGCCAAAUGGAGUGAGAAGAUCUUCCAGGCUAAGCACACUGUUGUGUACAAAGAUCUCGACGGGAAGGAUGUGACGGUUAAGCUGGAUUUGCAUCAUAAGGCUGCUAAGGAGAACACUCGGGCAAUUGAUGGUGAUUUGAGUGUUGCUGGAAGUCUCUUUGCACGCUCCAUUAAGGUAACACUGCGCGUUCCGGAAUAUUCGCAGGAUCAUGCGGACUUCAAUGUUGCCGUAAAGUCGGAGAAAGAUGGAGAUGUUCAGCUUGUUGGACGCUACGUAAUUGGGGGACGUGCAAAGGCAAAUGAGUACGAUGUUACCUUUUCCGGAAGUUCCAAGGGUGACAAAGCACGCACGAUUGAGGUUAAAUCCAGUGGAAGCUUCCUCACUCCGCAGGUUGAUCAUGGUGUGUAUGACACCAAGUGGAAGCUGAGCGUCAAGACAGACGGCAAGGAGUCUCAUGUAAAUGUUGCCGGAGUUGCAAAUGAGGAUCAUGCAAAUGUCAAAGUUGACCUGAAGCUUCAUGAGAGGGAUCCUGUUUCCGUUGCUCUUACCUACAACCACGAAGAGACUCCUGAUGGUCAAAGUGGGAAAUGCAAUCUCGAAGCGGAAGUUAAUUAUGCCAAGGAUAAGAAGAUUCACGGAAAGGCUGUGCUUAAGCGAACGGAAGGAAGGGAAAUUGAUCUGCACGCCACACUGGAGACUCCCUACGAGAAGGCCUCAAAUGUUGUUUUUAACGUAAAGGCCGCUAAAACCAAUGAAGGUGUUGUCCGGAGUGCUGUCGAUGUGACCGUUAACAAGGACACAUACGGGCUGAACAGUGCUGUUGUCUUGUCCGAUGCAAACCCAUCUGUGGACCUUGUUGUAAUCUAUCCGAAGAAGGAGGUGAAGUUCUUUGCUGGGUUUGCCCGUGUUGGCGAGAAGAAGUACAACGGGAAGGUUAAAAUUGAGAAUCUCCUUGAUUACAAUGUUGAUGCAACGGGUGAAAUUGCAGCAGCUUCCAUUGAGAACUUUGCAGCAAAGGUGGACAUUGAUGCACCUAAAUUGAAAUUGGACAAGUUCCACGGAGAACUCAAGAGUAAACAUCAGGGAGCAUCAAAGGGUGUCGAGGUGCAGGCUUCAAAUGGUGGCAAGUCCAUCCUUACUGGUUUCGCGGACUACACCGUUGAGCAGAAUAAGACUCUGACUGUGUUUGAGGCAAAGGGGAAUGUUAAGUUCUACGAAAAGGAAAGCGAAGCGCACCUGAAGUUCAUCCAUCACACAUUGACUCAGGCUGAGAAUCAAGAAACGGGAGUUUCAUUCAUUGUUAAUGCCCAUCUCGGGCCUAAGAGUAUUGUUGGGGAACUCAAGAUAACCGAUAAGAAUGUUCAGCUGAAGCAUGCUGCCUGUGAGAAGCAACAGCAGUGUAUUCAUCUGGAUAUCCAGUCGACAAUCUCUCAGGCUGAUCUGGAUAGUUUCAAGCAUCAGAUUGUUGUGUCAAUUGAUCUGCGUAAGCUCGGGUAUUCGCAUGAGUUUGGCCUGAAGGCUGAAACAAGCAGGAAGGGCGUUGAGUUGGAUCACACAAUUGAGAUGCAUUUGCAGGCACAGGAUAAGCCACAGUAUCAGUACUCAAUGUACAUUCAUUCCAAGAGUGCCGGGGUGGUUGUAACCUUGCCAGAGCGCACAAUUGCCCUGGAGGGAGUGUUUGAGCGUCCGGAGACAUUGUUUGGCAAAUGGGAUGUGUCGGGAGCGCUGUACUUGGAUAAGAAGAAUAAACCCCAUGAGAGUGUACGUGUUGGCUUGAAGGCACACACAAAGGAACCCAAAAAGGGAUCAGGAAGCUUCGAAAGUGCUCUGACUUUUGCUCAUCCCGCAAUUAGGACACUCUCGGUGACAGCUGCUGGUGCAAUUGAUGCUACAGCGCAUGAGGCGAAUGUUAAGUUGAACUUUGAUGUCUUCAAGACAGCCGCCAAGGAGGUUGUUGUCGUUGGGAGGAUUGCAAAUACAGAGAAGGGACGUGCGUUCAAUGUGUCAGCAAGUGUGGAUGUAACCUCGAAGCAUGGGCUUGACUACCGUGCCUCCGGGCAUGCAGCUCUUGCACCUGAACGUCGGGCAGCUAGCUUCCAGGGUGAUGCUAAAUUUGCCGGAGUUCAGGGCUCGGCUCUCUUCAGUAUCACCCCGGCGGAUCUCUAUGCACGCAUUACAGCUCUGGAGGAAGAUCUCUUUGUUGCCGAUGCAAAGAUUGGUGAUAAGAGUAUUGCGGGGCAGGCAACAAUUCGUCCCUUCAAAUCCACCCCCAUUACAAUGAGUGGAAGUGCAAAGGGCCUAACUGAGGCGAAGGUUCAUCUGUCUCGGGCUAAUUUGGUAACAGUUGACGGGGAAUUUGCCAUUAAUCGUGCUGCCAGCUUCAAGAUUAACAGCCAGAAAGGGGAUAUUUUCACAGCACAAGUUACCCUCGAUCAGCAACACUUCCUCGCGUCGAAGUAUCAAAUGAACAGCGAUCAGAUGCGUCAAUUCCUGCAGGAAGUUCAGACAACAGUCAAGCAGGAUUUGGAGAAUACCAAGAAGCACAUUGAGGCAAAGGUUUCAGAGACACGCACACACAUUGCUCAGCAAUAUGGGAACAUUCAGAAGGAGAUCCCAGAGUUUGAUGCUGUUGCGAAGAACAUUAAGGAGGAAUUGUCAAAGAUCCUGCAGGAGUUGGAGAAGGAUCCCUCAAUUAAGCCAAUAAUUGAUGCAGCUGCAAAGAUCUGUGGGGUUGUUGCGAAGACCUUUGCUGAUCUCUUCGAAGUCACCGUGCAGAGCCUGAAGAAGGUCAGUGAGAUCAUUACAUCCUUCUACAGCAAUCUCGUUGAAAUCUUCAAUGCACGCAUUCUACCAUCUCUCGUUGAAUGGUAUGCAGCUGUUGAGAAGAUCCUCCACACCGUCUACCUGGACACAGUUUCCCUCCUCUCGGGAACAAUUGAGCGUGUGGCAAAGGCUCUCAAGGACUACGAAGAGGACUUCAAUAAGGUGGCAAAGGUGUCAUCGGAGACAAUUGGGCGCUUUGUGCGUGGUGCAACGGAACUCCUGACGGCAGUUCAGAAGGAAAUUGCUGAUCUUCAGCGUCUUGUACAGGACUACGUAGCAUCCCUGCCUGGAAUUGAUUUACUCAAAGAGAAGUACAACGCUUUAUUCGUUGAAUACAACAUCCCUGAGCACGUGAUCAACCUCAUGAGGGAAUUCAACACGGUAAUACGCGAUGCAGUCCCAUCGCAGGAGAUUAGGGACUUCAUUGAGAGCAUUGUGAGCUACAUUGAGGCAAAACUGGGCAAGAAGGAUGUCAAUGAUUUGGAACAUUUGAAGCAGAUCUACUCAAAGGGCGUUGUGGCCACAAAGGCGGUGAUUCAGUUGGUUAAGAGUCAACCAACUGACGUCACGGGAAGCCUCAAUGUCGCUCCCGGUGGUAUCCCACUUCCCUUCUCCCUGGACAUCCUCCGGCGUGUACCCUACAUCUCAUCCAUUCGUCUCUCACCGGUGAAUUACCUGCGAAAUGAGCGAUUCCUCACACCACGUGAUCUACUCACUUCCCUCACACCCAAUGGACGUCUCACGCUGAAUCUCCUGCCACCCUUCCCACUGGCAGGGCAUGUAAUUGAUGGGCAGCACAUUUUCACCUUCGAUGGGCGUCAUUUCACCUUCCCCGGUGAUUGUUCCUACAUCCUGGCGCGUGAUUUCCUCCAUGGAAACUUCUCUGUCGUCGCGACGCUGCAAAAGGGCAAAAUGUCCUCCGUGUCGCUUUUCGAUGGGCCCAAUGUGGCCACAGUGGACGUUGGAGGUGCAGUUAAAGUUAACGACAAAGCCGUCGAUCUGCCCGUUCACUCCGGAGACUUCCACAUCUGGCGUCGCUACUACACCGUCACCCUGCUCUCCCUUUCCGGUGCAGAAGUUAUGUGCACAACAGAUCUCAUUACGUGCCAUGUGAAAGUCAGUGGGUUCUACCGUGGACGCCUCCGAGGCAUCCUUGGCAAUGGAAAUGGUGAACCCUUCGAUGACUUCCAACUGCCAGAGGGUAAGCUUGCAGGGAAUUAUGCGGAAUUCGGCAAUGCCUACGGCGUGACACCAUCCUGCCCAGCUGUGGGUGCUUCACAUCAUCCACAUGCCCACGGAGCACCACUUACAGAGCCAUGCGCUUCACUGUUCAGCAGUGAUCCCGCUCUGAGACUCGCCUUCCUCGUGAAUGAUCCCACCAACUACCGCGAGGCGUGUCAGCAUGCCGUUGGGGAUGCACCAGCAGCAAAGAAGACAGAGGUUGCGUGCAACAUUGUCAGUGCCUACGUGAGUGCAGCACGUCUCGACGGGAUACCCGUGAGUGUGCCACAGAAGUGUUUGACCUGCUCAGAAAAUAGAAAUAUUGGGUCAACAUUCUCCGUAAAGGCACCCCAAAAGCAGGCUGAUGUUGUCUUUGUUGUGGACACGAGUCAACCACUCCUGCUGACGGAAUUCACGCAUCAAGUGGCCACGGAGCUGCGAAAGGAGUUGCGUGCCUUCGACAUGGGUGACGUGAAUGUGGCUGUGAUUGGUUUUGAGAAGCAUCACCGCUAUCCGAGUCACUUCACGCACAACGGCAAGUUGGACGUGCACGGAAAGCUCACGCCACGCGAUGAGGGUGUCCCACGGUGUGAUCUUCACCUCAAGACAGGCUUUGAGCGUGUUGAUGACUUCCUCGAGCAAUGGGCCAACACUACGGAGAAUUUGGCAGCUGAUUUGGGCUUGUCCGCCGAUGCACGUGCCUUCCAGGAGGCCAUGGCCUAUCCCUUCCGUGCAAAGGCAACGAAGAUUAUCUUUGCCGUUCGUUCAGACUCUCUAGCGCAUUCCAGCAAUCCCAGCAAGAGCAUCAUGUCAGCCUUUGCCAAUUCUCAGGUGAAGAAGCAAGGCAUUCAGCUUCAUCUCUUGUCACCCGUUGAGGAGUUCAGCAUCUCCGGGAAGGACGCAAAGGGCGCUAAGGUGAAUGAUAUUGUUGGCUUCAGCUCACGCACAGUCAUCCAGAUGGCAGAUGCAAAGAAACGCGUGAAUCCCGGGCAGCAGGCAUGGCGCAAGGCAAUCAAGUACCAAGAAGAUUUGGGCAUGGAACUCGUCCAGGAUGCCGGUGGCUUCACCUUCAUCCUGCAGAACUACCUGGCGGGCAAUCCCAAAGCGAAGAAACAAUUCACAACGGCCGUCGUGAAUGCCGUUGCAGAUCACGCGGCACGCCAUGAGACGCACCUUGAUUGUGAAUGUCAAGUUAAAUAUGGUCUCCAUGCGGAGGAGAAGUGCUCCGUGGUUGAGGUAAAGCUCCUCAAGCAAGUGCAGCGGCUGCAGAGGGGCUAAACAAAGAGUUAAGAAAUGAUGAAGAAGUUGAAGGAAAAGUGCCCAAGCGCGAUGUAUUUAAUCUAAAAAUUAAAAAGAAAAAAAAAACAGACAAGAAAUUCUCUCUCAAUGUAAGAAAAAAAACUUCCUGCAGUUAAUAAAUUGCCAAAAAUUGUUUAAAAAA